GGGUGGGCGUGAAGAGGGAAACUAGGCUUCAUCAAGUUCCUGGAGGAAAGAGGGAAUGUGAGGGAGAAAAAAAGGACAGGCAAAAUCCUCUUGUUGCUGCUAUUUUUCUUCUUUUUCUUGUUAUAGUUAUCAGUCCCCGAGCCUGACCUGAGCCAUCUGGGGGUGCCUCUACCAUGGAUAAGAUUUUUGGCCGAAAUAAGCAAGAACACCCAGUUCCUCUGAAGGCAGAAGUGAAAGGUGAGGUGCCGUCCUGGCUGUGUGGGACUCUACUUCGGAAUGGCCCGGGUAUGCACACAAUUGGGGAAACCAGUUACAACCACUGGUUCGACGGUUUGGCUUUACUACACAGCUUUACGAUUAAAAAUGGUGAAGUGCACUAUCGAAGUAAAUACCUCAGAAGCGACACCUACAAUUCCAACAUUGAAGCAAACAGGAUCGUGGUUUCUGAGUUUGGAACCAUGGCUUAUCCAGAUCCCUGCAAAAAUAUAUUUGCCAAAGCCUUCUCCUACCUGUCGCAUACCAUCCCAGAGUUCACAGACAACUGCAUGAUCAACAUCAUGAAAUGCGGGGAGGAUUUCUACGCUACGACGGAGACCAACUUCAUUAGGAAAAUCGACCCUCAAACGCUAGAAACACUGGAGAAGGUUGAUUACAGUAAAUAUGUAGCAAUCAACCUGGCAACUUCUCAUCCCCAUUAUGACGUCAGCGGAAACGUUCUCAACAUGGGCACAUCUAUAGUCGACAAGGGGAAGACCAAAUAUGUGGUCUUUAAGAUCCCUUCCGACGUCCCAGAUAAAGAGAAGAAGGAAAAUCACUUGAAGCAUAUAGAAGUGCUCUGCUCCAUUCCAUCUCGCUCACUCCUCAACCCAAGCUACUACCAUAGUUUUGGAGUCACGGAAAACUACAUCAUUUUUCUUGAGCAACCAUUCAAACUGGAUAUUCUUAAGAUGGCAACGGCUUACAUCAGAGGGGUCAGCUGGGCUUCCUGCAUUAGCUUCCAUGAAGAUGAGAAGACUUACAUUCACAUCAUAGAUCGAAGGACUAAGGAAAUCGCUGUCGACCAAGUCUCUAUACUUGAUGCUGUUGUCGUCUUCCACCACGUCAAUGCCUUCGAAGAAGAGGGCCACGUUGUGUUUGAUGUCAUUUCCUACAAGGACAACAGCCUUUACAACAUGUUCUACUUAGCAAACUUGAAUCAGAACUUUGAAGAAAACUCCAAACUUACUUCUACCCCGACCCUCAUCCGAUUUGCUGUUCCUCUGAGAUUUGACAAGGAUGCAGAAGUGGGCUGUGACUUAGUCCGGCUUGCAUCGACGACGGCGACAGCUUUAAAAGAAAAAGAUGAUCUUGUCUACUGUCACCCCGAAGAACUACACCAAGGAAUAGAGUUACCGCAUGUCAAUCUUGAUUACGAUGGCAAACGUUACAGAUACAUUUUUGCAGCGGAAGUUCGGUGGAGUCCAGUCCCAACUAAGAUAAUCAAAUUUGAUAUUCAUACCAAGACGUCAUUAAAAUGGGAGGAAGAGCACUGCUGGCCAGCUGAGCCUGUAUUUGUCCCUAGGCCUAACGCCAAGGAGGAGGAUGAUGGUAUCAUAUUGUCAGCGAUUGUCUCCACGGAUCCCAAGAAAUUCCCGUUUUUGCUCAUCCUGGAUGCUAAAGACUUCACCGAACUGGCUCGGGCCUCAGUAGAUGCAGACAUGAAUCUGGAUCUCCAUGGACUAUUUAUACCGGAAAAGGAGAUGAGUUCCCAGGGCCAAUAACGGCACAGUCAUCAGUCAAUCACUCAAUCAGUAGUAUUUAUUAAGUACUUACACGGUGCAGAACACUGUACUAAGCUCUUGGGCAGGAGCGUAAAAUAGUGUAACUAGACACGAUCCCUGCCCUCAAGGAUUUAAUAAUUUAGCAGGGGAGAUAGACAUAAAAUAAAUAGAUAAAUAAAGAGAUAGAUUAAAAUAAAUUAAUGUAGGGAGAAACAAUGGAGUAUUAAGAUAUGUACAUAUGUGAAAGAGGGGGACAGUAGUCAAGUGUUUAAUUGGGAUGAGAGGUUAAUCAGGGAAGACUUUCUGGAUGAGAUAUGAAUUCAGAAGAGCCUUGAAGAUGGGGAGAGCAAUAGUCUGCCCAGGCAGCUUAUUGUUGCACCGAUUUAGCCCUACUGCAAGGAUGAAUUAGAAUGUACCUCAGAAAAAUCCAGUUCCUUGUAAAAUAAUCUAAUUCUUUAGUUCAUUUUCUAUUUUUGGUGGACUGAGAAAAGAACAUGUCAUGAGAGAAGGGAAUUCCAUUCCCGUUGCAUCUUAUUUUUAUCAGUUAAAGCCCAGAUUAGGAACCAUUGCUAAUGUAUGACAAAUAUCACCUAUCAUAUCAAUGACCAAAAUUAAUUCUAUAGUUCUAUUUAAUCCUUUACCACCAAUAAUAAAGAAUGCAAGCAUAUACCUUUUAGGAACACCCAGAUGUUCCCUAGGGAGGCAGCAUUUAUGAUUUUGAAAAGCAACUAAUUGAAUUGUGACGUAACAUAGAUGUAAUGAGUGGUAUUUUACUCUAUUUUUCUCUCCAGAGAAAGGGAGAGUGUGCACUGGCCUAAUCAUAAAAUCUAAAGAGAAAAGAAA